AUGUUUGCUUGCAUAUUUUUUGAAGAAGACAAAAGUCUUAGUGUUGUCAAUGAAUGUGACAAGAGUUUAGAAAUGCUACAUAGUUUUAAGUCGAAUGAAAGUGUUCGGAUGAAAUGGGGAAGAAAAAUAUACAAUGGAACUAUCGUCAACGUUUCUGAUAAUGAAGAACAACUUCAGAAGUUUGCUUCCAAAGCUUACAAAGCAGUUUUAGAAGGACUAUCGUCAGAUACAAACAAAGAAGAAAUCGUUCAAUUAUUGAUGAACUUUGAAAUAAAGAAGACAUCUGGUAAAAGACAGCAUGUUAUUUCCGACAAACUGAAAGAAAGUAAGGAGCAAGAACAAGAACUAAGCCCAAAAAAGAAAAAGAUAGAAGGUAAAAAAUCCCAGAAGACCCUAAAGUCAAAAAACACAGCUCUAAAUGUUGAAUGUCCACAACAGACACAACAGGAUGCCUCUGAGGGAGUAACAAUUGGUCAAAGAGAGACUGACAUUCCUGUCAGUAAUCUGUUAUGUCAGUUUACUAGUGCUGACCUUCACGUUCCUGUCACUUCAAUUCCAUGUGAUAAGCCUGCUGUUUGCAACAAAGUAACAUAUACUUCUACAACUUUGGAAUCUGGUUUGCCUGUUGCAUGGCCCCAACAAUUGAACCCUUCAGAUACUUCUCCAGCAACAUGUAUAUUGACUCCUUCCACAUCUUCUAUUGUGCUGGAAUCACAAAAACCAGUAAUCCAGCAACCUCAGCAAGCCCAGGCAAACCUUUAUACAGAGUCUGUGAGGCUGUACAGACAAGCAGUAGACACACUAGAAGAAAAUGACUCUAGAGAAGGUAACACUGCUUAG